AUGGCGAACAAGGCUAAAAACUUAGCGAAUUUAUGUAUUGACGUUCUUUAUGAUCAUGGCAAAACGAUUACCAAACAGUUUUCAAAGAAUGUUAGAGAACUAACAGAAGAACGAAGAGUACAGCUGACACUUCACAACGUUUUGAAAGUGCUUAAAUUAUGGGAUUUCCCAAAUUUUAUCCAACAAUAUGAAAAUAACCAAACCAUAUGGAAUAUCCGUAUACAAGAUAUAAGCUACCCCGACUUUGUCACAUUGACACUUCCUCUUGAGUCAGCUACAGAAUUAGAAAGAUUUAGAGCAUUUCUUCGACAUCUUAUCUCUAAUUGGUCUCGGAAUAUUAAAGUACAAAAAAUUGACAAUGGUCAAUUAAGUUUUGUAGUCACUCAUCCAGCACUUGCACUAUUACAUAUUUUCCCUCAAGGCCACACCAAUUUAGAUGAACAUUUCAAAUUUUCCACAACAAAAUCAUCUCAUGUCGAAACUGUUUCGAAAAUCAUCAGUCUUAUGGCCAAAGAAUUUUGUUUGUGUAUACUGAACAAGCCUGAAAAACUGUCGGGAAACAUAGGAGAAAAACGUCAAAAUGAAGAAACCACGACAAGCCAAAGUAGCGAUAAAUAUCCUGUAUUCCGAGGAAAUGACAUAUUCACACCUGAUUUUUACUAUUACCAUAACAUACCGUCUCAUGUACUACUUAACCAACUUAAUCAAGCUUAUAUUUCAGUAUCCAACGUUAGUCAAAAGUCACAGUCUCAACUUGAAAAUUAUUGUUUUUCCUCGAAUUUGCACUCUAUUCAAAGCUUCCAGAAUGAUAGCUCGGAAGUUGAACGUUUGAAAGCGGAAAACGAAAAGAUGAAAAAGUCAGUCAAGACAUUGGCCCAUGCCACGGAAACUCAAAAAACAGUUUUCCAGCUUCAAAUUAAUGACUUGAUUGAUCAGAAGAAAAAGAUGGCGGUGACAAUUGCUGAAAAAGAAACUGAGAUAGAGCAAGUGAUGUUAGAACUUGGCCGUUUAAAUGUGGAAUUAACCAGAAUACAGAAUAGAAAGACAAGAGAUGAGCUUUUUAAUAAAAUGUACAAGUUUCAUUCAGCUUCCACUCAGACGUCAGGGAUUUCAGAAUGGUCGAAUACAUCCUUAGAUGCAGCGGUAUCGAGUGAUCAAGCGACAGAGGUGAGAAAUAAUCAAGUCGAAAAUCAUUAUGGGCAAGAGUCACUUAACGAAACAGCAAGUCUAACUGAUAUACCACAUACUGCUGUAGAUGGAAAUAUCUAUAACAAUUAUAAACUCUUGUUACUGCGAAUUGCUCACAAUCUCCUGAAGGAGGAUGUUCUAAAACUAAAACAAUGGGUGGACAAUGAAUUUAAAAUCGAUGUCUCUGGAAGUGUGAACGCACUUUUUCUCGAACUAGAUCGUAAGAAAAUUAUCAGUAUCACUGAUCUGAGUCGACUAAAAAAAUUCUUUGAGGAUAACUUAAGAUAUGAUUUUGUACAUCUUAUUGAUUGUUAUCUUCUUGGGGAGUACUCACAGUUAAAGAUUGCCAAGACAAGUGAAAGGUUAGGAUCAUUUAAUCGAGGAUCAAACGCGCAGAAUGGAUUGACUUCUCAGAGUUUUGUUCACUUACUAUCAGCACAACGGCCAUCACGUUCAACAACAAUAGGGCGUUCCACACGGAUAUCACGUGGUCCAGCAGACGAGCCACUGGAUAAUGCACAUGGUUAUCAAAGGGCAUUUCAAGGAUUAUCACAAGUGAACUCGAGGGAGAUUGGAGGAAAUAUAGGGGGUAUAUCAGGUUCUACACAACGUCCAACCCAGCGAUCUGUUGCUCGAAAUGGCCCUGGCUCGAAUACACGCAGACCUCAUCCUGUGACUUCAUCUAGUUGUGGCAAGGAAACUGCAAGUAACAAUAGCAAUACUUCGCAAGGUGUGGUAGUCACUGAUGGUGGAAGACGCGAGCAUGGUGAAGGUAGGUUAAAUAGUUGUUAAAGUCUUCAAACUUUGGGGUUCUGUGAAGAACGCUGUGUGGUCAGUGGCGUAACGUAACCUCCGGAGGCCCCAGGCAAAUUUUUAAGUGGAGCCUCUAUUUUUUUCCCAAAAAAGUUGGCGGGGGUGGGGGGAGAUGGUGAGGGAGAAAUUUUUUUCGAACCAUAUUCAUUGAAAAAGGGGUCACAUGACAAGAAAAAACUAGUGACAAAAUUAUUUCCCCAUCUAUGUUUAUAAAAAAGGGUCCAAAUUUCACCAUUUCAACAAUUCCUGCUUUUGGCGGCCCCCCGUUGCAAAUUUUCUGGCCCUUUAUAACCGAGGCUCUGGGAAAUUUGCCCAAUGUACUAGCAAAAAUGUUAUGGUCAUUUUUGCCGGAGGCCCCCAGGCGUGGGGGCGCCAUUCACUGGACACACGCCAGUUACACUACAGUGUGUGGUUAUUAUUGGAAACCGCGGUGUUGUUCGUACCCAUCUAAAGCGAUGUUUAGAUCUUCGUCAGCUGACUUAGAUUCAGGAAACCCUGAAAUAAACCCGAUGCCCUGUUUAUAUAUUUUAAGUGUAUCACUGCAAGAUCUAAUGUCUACUUUUAGAUACCGUAGUCAAUUUAUUUAUCUGUGAAUUUUGUCUCCCACAGUUCAGGCCAGCAGUCCAACAGUACGUGACGAUCAAAUUAGUACUUCACGUGGCAGUAAUGGACAUAAAUUUUCAAAAUCCCAACCACCUGAUACGGAUGAGGACGGCCAAUGGUUAUGCAGUCAUUACAAACGACGUUGUUACGUGAAAUUUGAAUGUUGUAACAAGUUCUGGCCAUGUCAUCGUUGCCAUAACAGCCAAAGCACGUGUGGCAAGAGAAAGCUUAAGUCACGUGACACGAAACAGAUCAAGUGUUUUGCUUGUGGUCAAGAACAACCGGUAUGUGGACAAUUAAGAAUUAAUUUCCAACAUUCGUUAUUGUUAGUAAUCUUACCCGAAAAACCUAUUUCAGCAGAAACAUAUUUUAACGUAACAUACAGCUUUAUUUUGUGUUCCAGUCAUUAGUUCUUUCCUUUCCUUACCAUACGAUUGGAAGUGAAAACAGCUUUGCGCUAAUAUUAUUGGAACCCUAUUCUAUCCCUAAUGCUUCCUUAAUCCUAGCCUGAGUAUCAGGCCAUAUCUUCCCUUCCUUAAAUGCGGACGGAUGAAAGGGAGAAUCCCUAGGGCCGCAUGUGAAAGUGCCAAAAUUCGGCUUUUCACCUAAUUGAUCUGCCGUGUACAAAAAAAAAACAUUUAAUUUUUCUUUUGAUUGCAUGGUUAGUGGUAAUUAGAUUUUAGUAUUGUUCAUGAUAUACAGUAUUUAGCAGUUUGUGGUGAAUUAUAUAGUAACUAUAAACUUCACUGCGGGCGGAGAGCGACCGGGUUAAGAUUUUGACCAGGCUCUAUUUGUAAAACCUUCCUGUAUUAGACCUUCCCAUACCAGCACAUCACGUAUAUCCGGUGGUGUUGUCGCCAAGACUGCCUUUUAAACCGGGAGCCUCGGGUUCAAUACUUGGUCGGACCUCUACUCAAGGUUUUUAAAUAACCUAGGAAGAAGAGAUACCUUUACAUUGACAUCAGUAAAUGGUUUGACUUUCGCAUCUUCUCGGAUAAGGAAGUUAAAUCGUAGGUACCUCGGAUCCUCUAUAAAAUAGGUAAUAUCCUGUUGGGAAAAUCGCUCGUCAAUGAAUUAGAAACUAAAUAAACUAAGCUGUCGUAAUCCGUUGUCUAAACUUCAUUUUAUCCAGUAAUAAUGCAAUUGAACUAACAUCUAUAUAACCUUGUUUAUACUUUUAGUUAGUAACCAUUCAGCACAGAAUAAUUUUAGUGUAAUUAUGUUUUGUGAUGCGCAUUUGAUACUUUUGAUCGUAUAUUAUAUACUAUAACAUGUUAAUUUGCGCAAUAUAAAUAAUAAAUAUUAUUAUUAUUAUUAUUAUUAUUAUUACUAUUAUUAUUAUUAUUAUUAUUAUUAUCUUCCAUAAAAUAGGCAAUAGCCUGUUGGGAAAAUUUCUCGAUAAUGAAUGAGAAACUCAAUAAACUAUAUAACUGUUGUAAUCCAUACCUUAAACUGCAUUUUAUCCAGUAAUCCUUAUUAGAAUUAUGUAUACAACGACCUUCCUAACCCAAGUCCUUAUCUUAUCCAAAUCUUAAAUCUUGUCAUUUAAUCCUAAUUCUUCUGAAAUCAUUAGUAAUAUGCAUCGAAAAACCAGUUUCAUAUUAUUCUAGAAUAAUAUGAAACUGGUUUUUCGUAUCUCUGAGGAUGAUUCUGAAAUGCAUCGAAAACCAGCCAACAUGCAACAGAGAACCUGUUAGGGUUGAUUGUAUGCGUGUUUCUCAUCGGAUUUUCAAAACAAGUAUUCUCGUCACUUGAAAACAUUAUGUCGCUUUCGAUAUUUUGUCAUUUUCCCCGUCUUUUCUAUGUCACCGUCACAAUUUAAUUUAAUUUAGACAGAGGUUGUUGCCAAUGUCGCUAUUUCAUUUUCUAUAUGUCGUCAUACAUUUUAAGGCAAUGUCACAUGUCAAAGUUUAUCGGAACAGGGCCUCAUAAUAACUCAUUAUUCCCCUCCCCCUUCCUGCCCCCCCCCCAUCCCCUCUAAUGUCCGCCACUUAAUCGGAACAAUUCAAAAAUGACCUAUCAUAAUUUCAACUUUUGUGUCAAUUGAGGUAAAUGUUCUUUCAAUUCAUCGUUUCAGUUUGCACAUCACUGUUCAAGAUGUAACGCGAAAUUUGCAAGAUAUUUUUGUGGUCAAUGUAAGCACCUGACAGGCACUGAUGAUAAUCCGUACCAUUGUGAAAAGUGCGGUAUUUGCAGGUGAGAUAGAUGAUACAACUGUUGAUACAACUAUUGAAUACCCCGUAUGCUGAAACAGUUAGGCUAUGUGGAAAGUCAAUUGUACAUGUUUUAACGAGAAUUUGUGGAUAAUCAACAUAUCGCAAUUCCAUCAUUUAAAAAAAUGAAAUACUUGUUCGCUUUGGUUUCUCUAACUGGUGUGUAUUCAAAAUUUUUAUUGUAGGAUUCACGGAGAUCGUUCAUUUCAUUGCGAUGUAUGCGGUGUGUGUUUGGACGUCCAACUUCGUGGAAAUCACAAAUGUCGCGCUGGCUCUGCACAUGAUGAAUGUUGCAUUUGUUUAGAGGUAGUGUAAUCAGUUUGAGCUCAAAUUAGGGGUCGACAUGAUUUCAUGCACUGCCAAGUUAAGUUCACGUUUGGGCACAAUGACAAACGCUAGAGUUGAAAUUCGUUCGUACAAUUUUCAUUUUUCUUCGCCGCUCGUAUUCUCUUUCUAAAUCGAUAUCAGUAAUUUUACAGUAUUGACCUAAUUUAUAAUGUCAUGAUUAACCAUAAACUCAUGACUAACCAUUGUCAAGUCAGUGAGUUUGACAUUUACCAUGAUUGGGUCAUUGUCAAAAUUAUUGGUUUGACAAUGACCCUGAAAUAGACUCGAAAUAUCACCACCAUAUUCGUGUCUUGUUUUCUUUAAUUGACUCAUGCAUCUAUCGAGUUUACAAGAUGGCAUUAUCAUUCUGAGUAUUUUUCUUAUUAUAUAUUUCUUAAAAUUGUCUGCUGGUAAAAGAUCUAAUUGAUCUAACUAUAGGCGUAGAGGACAUUCCCUCGAAGUGUCGGGAAGUCAUUUUUUUCUUUUGAUUGUCAUAAAAUCCAAACGCGGACCUUCAUAUUCUACGGUCACGGUCAAUGCUGCACCUCCAACGUUAAUAAAGUUUUAGACUAACUCUUAAACUUGUAUUUCUAUUCUAGGAUGCAUUCACAGGAUGUCAAAUCUUACCUUGUUCUCACAAGGUACACAAGGAGUGCGCAACGCAAAUGAUUAGAAGUGGCAUGUGAGUAUAAUGGAUGGAUUUUUAACAUUGUUUGAAUGUGGUUGAGAAUGAUAUGAAGAAUUAUCAAGCCCGAAUUAAGUUUGUGUUAUCAACCAAAGCCGAAGGCUGAGUUUGAUAACACCAACUGAGCGGUUGACAAAUAACUCUUCAUAUCUUGCGAAAACCGAAUUCGGUGAUUGUUUUAUUGUUUAUUUAAAAGAUGAAAAAGGCAUGCAUCCGCUCCUGUGAGUUCAAUUCAUCAAAUUAAUGACCAGUUCGUUUUAAUUCCCAUUUGCAGAAAUUAUUUCCAUUUUUCUUUCAUAAGAAUGUUAAGAUGUUUCAAACAUUUUGUGGCUGUUUUUGUUGAAAUUUCGUCUAUAUAAAUCUUUACGGUUUCCACAUUUCGUAUUCGUUUUUCCACAGCAUGACAUCAUAACGUUGAAUAUGAUUUUGUCAUAUUCAAGGUUAGAACGUCACUCUAUUGCCGUGUAUAGAUAUCAUAGCUAGAAAUCUCGGACAGUCAGCGUUUCCGUUCGCGGGCGCAAAAAAUGUUCCACGCAUGUGCGUGACACGUUCGCGUGACUUGUAGUAAACAUAAAAAUCAACAAUGUCUUUUUACAAAGAGUUGAAUAACUUGAGCACAGCUGAUUUUUAUGAAUAUUCAACGAGGACCAAUAUUAAAAGAAAGGCCGUAAAGUCAUCGCGUGAGUUGUUCGAGGUCGAGCGGGUAAUUUCGCGAAGAAAUCGACGAGGAAAGGUAAAUUUAUACGUUUGUAAAUUUAUAUGCUUCUGUUCACUAACUAUACUCCCAUAUUUCGUCGGCAAUCUCUGGUGACAAAUGUGUUUUAUCAAAUAUAUAAACGCUCGAAUAUAUUGAUAUUGUAUUACAGGCAGAUUAUUAUGUAAAAUGGAAAAAUUAUUCCAGCCUGGAAAACACUUGGGAGCCAGAGGAGAACCUGAAUGCUGCUGCAAUAAGGUAACAUUGAUUUGUUUUAAAGUUUAUUAACUUUAGCUGUUAGCACGACUAUAAACAUUGUAGGCAAAUAAGAAUUUGUUGUUUUUAUAUAGACUAGCUUUGUGCUAGUUAGACUGUUGGUUAAGCUCAACCUCAUCCCCAUGGUCUUUCUUCUUGAAAGGGAUGCAUGUAUUCUUAAAAUGUAUUUAAUAUUUUGUCUUUCACUUCAGAGCUUUUGAAAACCCAGCACCGGCAGAGAAUAUGAUUCAGGAUGCAAGGGAUUCUUUGGCAUGUGGCAUCCUGGAACAACUGAAAUAAAAAAGUAUGCUGCCAACAGUCAUUCCUUUUCGGCAUGAUGUAUUUCGCUACUUUUUUGGUGGAAAGGGGGGAGAUCAGCAAUGAAAGAGGUGCAGUUCUCUUGGAGAAGUCUGAUUUUCAGAUUUGCGAUUUCCCAGGGGAUUGGGACAAGAUAGCGGACUCUAUAGGAGAUGGCUUGAAGAUAGACUUUCCAGUCAAACUUCGACCAUUCCUCUCAUGGAGCCCUAAAACCUACAUCCUUAAGGAUGGUCAAGUUGUUGUGCGCCCCAGGUAUCGGCCUGAGAAACUGAGUAUCUCAAUUUGUAAAAAUGCUUUUAGCUUAUAAUUACUGUAUAUAUUAUUAAUUUAAUUUUUUUUAGAGUAAUACAUAAUAUGCUUAAUUAACCCAUUUCUGCCAAAGACUCAGGCACAACUUUUACCAAACCCCAAUAUAAGAGAGUGUCACUCUGGGAAACUUAUUUAAUUAAAGGCACACAAUCACCGGUUGAGCGAUUUUAUUUAAAUAGUGUGAUAUUGGCCAAUUACAAAUCAACAAACUUGAAUUUGUUCCAGAACUAUUGAUUCAAGUUUAAAUUUUGAACAUAUUGUAACAUAUCGUACUAAAUAGCAUCGCUCAAACGGUGCCUGUGUGCGUUUAAAGUUUUACAUAUGUUAAUUAAUUCUGUUGCUUUUGGUAAGCUUGCCUCUACAGUAUUAAUAUUUAAUAAACAUCAGCAUUUGAUUAUAUGACAAAACAUGGCCUGUCUUGGCCAAAAUGGGUUAAUUUCAACUAACCAACUAGUUAUAUAUUUUGUUGAUUUUUAAUUAAUAAUGGAUUAUAUAUAAAUGUAUGUACAUAAUUAUGGUAUUUUAACUGUCCCUUCUUCUUUUGUUUUUAAUCUCAACUUCCCAGUAAUUAUUAUCCUUUUUGUUGUAUAACCUCUUUGUUCGCUCGCUUCCGCGCAAUUCCCACUGCCUGAACUCUAAUUGGAGGACAUCAGAUGCAGGAUUUUUGUUAUUUGAUUUACGCAGAACGACACUCCUUGCCACAUCAUUGUUUUUCUCAACCCCCUGGCCAGUGAAAAAUUUAACAGAAUGAUACUUUUUCAUAAAUACAGGUACAUGAUACACAAGUGCAUGCAUGUAUGGAGUUACUGCUGCUCUUCUAUAUCCUCUGUGAAUAGAAGAGUCCCUUAAUGAGGUAAAAAGUUUGAUCCAUUCUUUUGAUUUUUCAAAACAAUCAUUACAAAUCUCAUCUGUUGUAUGUUUAACAGUUAUCAUUUUGUAGAUAUCAUUAAAAUCUUUCCAUAUUUUACUGACAACUUCACAUGUACCCGGCAUUAGACAAUUGGCAAAUUUGUCUGGAAGCGCAGCCAACAGCUUCUUCUUGUCCGCCCCAAGCAGGCUUGUAAAGUCAUAUUGCCCGGAUCCCCUCCCAUCUUCAUUUUUCUUUUCCCAAAUGUCAAAACUGACCCCGCAUGACCUUAUUGCUUCCUGAAGUGUUGUAAGAUGAGUGUUACUUCUUUCACUCUUUUUUUUGUUAAAAUUUUCUUUCUGAUCCCAGGAAAUUACUUCCUGGAUAAUAUUAUUCAACAAAACAUCCAUUACUCUUAGUAACAAGUGUAACUCAUCUAAUACAACAUGAUCUAAAUCAAUAUUAAUAAGCGGCUUAUGGUCACAAGAGAACUUGUCCUGUGUACCCUUUUUCUCUGCCAUGUUUAUGAUUUCUUGCAGCGUGCGUUUGAUUGGGAUAGAGUUAUAAUGGGUUAAGUCCUUGUCCAUUUUCCAUCGGUUAUCCUUGUGGAUCUUGCACCAAACACAUGCAAAAUUGGAUGUUGCUGCUUUCAUGCCCAUCAUAAUUAAUAAAAAUUUGUAGUCUCCCCCCAGGAAAAACUCAAGAUUUAAUCUUGAGUUAUUGAUAGUAAUCUCACCCACCUGGAUUAGAUUGUUAAUCUCCUGGAAAAUCAUUCCAAAUGAGUCCUGUAGUGUUUCAUAGCUUUCUGAUCCCUUCACAAUUGCAAAUGUAUGGUUUCCACUAGCAGACAUUACAUCAUCUUGAUUUUGAAGUAGUGAGAACGACAGCAAAAUGAAACUAGAAUUUCUUGUCAUUUGUGCCCCAUCACCAGAGAUUUUAAUCUGGACAUUCUCUUUACUCCAAUCUACCUCGUCAUGUAAUUUGAUGAAUUCAUCAACAUGAGAUUUCAGCAUGUCAGUGAAUGAUAUUUGGGCACCAUCAGCUUUACCCGGGGUAGGCACAACAUUACUGAUAUUAUUUAGUUGCCCUCUUCUCUGCUUGACAAGGUACGACUUUGGCAGACCAUCGAUAAUCAUUGUUAGUUCAUGAUAAAAUGAGUCUCCAACACAAAAUUUGUCCAGAAGAAACAAUACUUGUUCUACUGUCUUUUGGUCAUGAUGAGAUAAACUAUCAAAACCCUUAGUACCAUCAGCUGGAAUACAAGUGUUGUCAACAGAAAGAGAAUGUACUAUCCCUGUUUGUUGUUCUCUAGCUUUCAACUCUGUCAACUCUAGGCCAAAUGAUUUCAUAAACCAUAGUGCAAGUUUUGCUCGAGACAUGAAAGUAUUUAGAGUUCUUGAUUUUUUGGCAACAUGGGCAACAUCUUUGCCUUGAUUUUUAAAAUUGUGCUUUUGUUCAAUACGGUCAAUAUAAUCUAACAGUUCCUUGUUUACUUCAUUUAAAUUUUUAAUUUCCUCAUUCUUCUCUUGCAUAGCAGAAACCAUCUCCAAAUAAAGCUUUUCUUUCUCCUCAUGAAGAUCCUUGUAACUUUGUUUCCACUUUUCAAGUUCAUCACAAAUGUUCUCAUUUUCUCUUUGCAACUCUUUUACAGAAAUGGUCAUACCCUCAAGUAAGUGAAAUCUUCUUACACAGGAAUCAAGUUCCUUCCUCUUGUGUCCCCCCUUUGCCUUGUUGUAAGCAGAUUUUACCAUUCCGGCAAACUUACGCAGAGAAGCGUUGACUUCACUUCUGAUGGUUUUGUCUUCCGUUAUUCCAAAGGCACUACCAGGGAUUGAAAGCUCGAAUAAGUCGACAUAAUCUAAAUUAUCUUGACAUGGGCAGGUAUUCUCAUUCUCGCCAGCUCUAUCUUCUUCAGCUAUUUUCUGCAUUUCGUUCUGCUUCACCAUGUAUUCCUGCCAUACCUUCAAAAGAGGGUAUGGAAUACCCACAACAAAAAGGACUGGCCUUGCAUUAGGUUUUGCUGCAUAUGCUAAUGAGGGUUCUUCCAUGCAUAAUUUCCAUUUAAGUAUGGAAUCAUUUAGAGGAAUAUCAGACAUUGUAAGACACGUUUCUUGCUAUGGAAGUUGUAUCAGUUUCAAAAUAUAAAAAAUAUUUCCUUAACCCUAUAUUUUCUCAACUUUCCAAACUUUUUUAAAACUUAGAAGUUCAAAGUAGAUUUACAAUUUGCAUUUCCCGCGAUUUGUUUUGUUUAUGAGCCUGUUUCCCUCGCAGUUGUUAGUCAGCGGCUACUCCUUCGAAUGCUUUCAAAAUGGCGAUAAUAUAAAGACAGAUAUUUGGCAAAAUCUCCUGGUUUUUUCUUUACUAAAUGGCUUUCAAUGGCUGGAAUGCCUUUUUAAAAUUUGCCUCAAAACAGAGAAUUUUAAAGUCAAAACGCCGCAUCGCUACAAGCUAUGGUAUUCUAAAACUUAUACGGAAUGAAUGCUCGAACAUCGUGCAAGAAUAUUAGACGUGUGCACCUUGUUGGCAAACUCUUUGGGCCGCGCUACAACGAGCUAAAUGGAGCAAGUAUGAAGGAUUUACUGGGUUUAAUAUAAGCUUAUAUUGUGAGGAAAUAUUGUGAAUUGAAUUCAGUCGCGCCGGAUAAUGGCAAAUCGCGAGGGGUCGAAAACAUACAUCGAUAUAUUUUCAGGUAUUGUGUAUUAUUUGUAGACGUGUGCACCUUGCAAAUCAUGCUGUAAUCGGUACUGCGCAUCGAUUUUACAAUUAUAUAGUAGAAAGGCUUAGUAUUUCCGCCAUCUUGGUUUUGUCAAAUUUGUUAUUUGUGCGCAUAAUUAUACUAAUCGUCCGCCAUCUUGUCCGAGAUUUCUAGCCAUGUGAUGAUUUCACAGUUAGCUAGCUGUUAGCCAAUCAGAAGCCAUGUGUCUUUUAAAUUUAUCAUAAUUAUCAUUAUUGGAGUUUAUUGUGUGCAUAUAAAACAUGACAUGCAUAUAUAUUCAUGCAAGUGUUUCAAUUCGUGAAGCAUUAUUUAUCUCAACAUUGUAGAACACGUUGUCCAAUAUGUCGGGAAAGUUUUGCACAUAAAUUGGAAAGAAGACCUCAUCCUUCAAAGAAACCACCUGGAAAGCAGUAACUAUAUCAGGUCAUUAUUAUCUAUAUGAAUAUUCACAUGAAUUGAAUACGAUUAAUUAGAUUAAUUAGCAUUUCCAUAGCGUAAAUUUACAUAUAUAUAUAUAUAUAUAUAUAUAUAUAUAUAUAUAUAUAUAUAUAUAUAUAUAUAUAUAUAUAUAUAUAUAUAUAUAUAUAUAUAUACCGGGUGGGCCAAAAAAAAGUACGACUGUUUGAUUUACUAUGACUCAAAAACUAAAAGAGCUAUUACACUUAUAUAAAUCACCCUAUAUUCCGCGAUGUUUAACUUAGAUUUUGAUAUAUGUCUGGUGCAUUUUCAUGCGAUUACAUGAUGACUGAGAUAAUUGUGUUUAAACUUACGCAAACAUUUUUGGAACCGCCAAUAAUUAACUGAAAAGCCCCUAUUAAACUAAUUCAAUAACCGUUACGAUUUGUUCGCGAUUAUUGUUUCAAUGAAGUGAAGUCGAAGUUAUAGAAAUAUUUCUUCAUUCACAGACUUUUUAUUUUUUUGUUUUACGAUGUUGGGCAAUGGAUGUUUUGUUCCUAGAAGGUAUCCAAUACCCGUGGGAUAGGUAGUCUGUAUGUUCUAUAAUGAGUCUAGAACGAGCUGUCCCAUUUCAAGGGCAAGAUGUUGCAAUUGUGCCGGGGUACAUGAAUUUACUGAUGAAUAGAUGAUUGCUUUUGAACAACAAGCGUUAACGUACUGACUAUAGAGUAUAACGCGUCUUAACACAAGUUGUUUUUGUAUAUAAAGGUAUUAAUAUUUAAUAGGCCGUUUUUAGCUUAAUUCUCUCAGUUUCAAAAAUGUUACUCUUGUUCAAAUGCACGUAUCUUUGUCAAUAUGGCAUGGAAAUGUGCAUGGCAUAUAUCAAAAUUUAAGUUAGACAUCGCUGAAUGCCAAUAAACGUG